AUGGUGGUGGUGGAGGCAGGGGUGGUGAUGAUUGGCGAUGUGGUAGUGCUGAUGGUGGUUAUGAUGACUGGGGUAGGGUGUGAUACUUUGGUGGUAGUGGUGGUAGGAUAUGUGAUAGAAGUGAAGGUGGUGAUGGUGGUGGAGGUGGAGGUGGUGGUGAUUUUGGUUGGUGGUGUGAUGAUGGUGGUAGAAAUGGGAGUAUUGGUGGUGGUGAUGGCUGGUGCUAAUGUUGGCCAUGGUGGAUACUCUUUGGGAACCGUGGGCUUCAGUGCGGAUGUGGCCAAGUCCCAGAAGCACACCAUGCACAACCAGUCCCCAAAACGGCACAGAAAUGGUAGCAAGAAACCCUGAUCACAAAGAUACUAAUGUCAUAAGGGUACAGACCCCAAGUUCCUGAGAAACAUGUGCUUUUCCAAGAAGCACAACAAGAAGGGUCUGAAGAAGAUGCAGGGCGACCACGCCAAGGCCAUGAGCACACGUGCCAAGGUUGUUAAGGCUCUCAUACAGUCCAAGGAGGUCAAGCCCAGGAUCCCAAAGUGUGGCAGCUGCAAACUCAGUCAGCUUGCCUACAGUGCUCACCCCAAGCUAGGGAAACGUGCUAGUGACCGCAGCGCCAAGGGUCUCAGGGUCUGCUGGCCAAAGGCCAAGGCCAAGGCUCAAACCAAGCCCCAGGCUGUGUCUGCAGGUCCAGCUCAGGCUCGGGCUCAGGCUCAGACUCCCAAAGGUGCCCAAGCGCCCACAAAGGCUCCACAGUAG